GAAAAACCGUCCUUAAAUUACCAAACUACCCCCAUUAGGUUUUUAGCGUCCUCUCCUCUCAGAUUUUUCGAGAACCCGCUUUCACUUCGCUCCGUCGGGUCUGUUCUUCCCUAAAUCUUAGGCAAUGGAGAGCGACACUAGCAGCGGCGAGGUCGGUUGGUAUAUACUAGGAGAGAAUCAGGAGUCCAUUGGCCCUUAUGCGAUCUCAGAGCUGCAAGAACAUUUCCUCAAUGGGUACAUCACAGAGAGCACCCUUUUGUGGGCCAACGGGAGAAGUGAGUGGAUGCCUCUAUGUUCGAUCCCUGAGUUAUAUUCAGGAAUCCAGAGACCUGAUAAUUCUGCUGUAGGUAUGAAGAUUAUCCCAUUGUUUGGUUCUAUUUUUAGGAUCCCAAUCUAUAACAUACUGUAUGUUGCAGAGCUUCCAGACAAUGCUGGCGAUGACUUUGCAAAAUGGGAGAAGGAGGUGAAAGAGGCAGAGGCGGAGGCAGAGGAUCUUCAAAAUGGCACCAAUGGUGAGUUUGGAGAUGGAAUCAAUGAGAGAACAGAGGUACAUACUCAUGAAAGGCCAUCAACUCCACCAGAUGGUGAAGAAGAAUUCACUGAUGAUGAUGGGACUACUUAUAAAUGGGAUCGCAGUCUUAGAGCAUGGGUUCCUCAGGACAAUUUGUCAAUUAAAAAAGACGAAUACGGACUGGAGGAGAUGACAUUUGCACAUGAUGAAGAGGUAUUUACCACAUUAAAUGUUGCAGAAACAGCUGUAAAGGAAGAAAAUUCUCCUGUUACUGAGAAAGCUGAGACAGUGCCAGAUGCAAAGCGAAAGCUGCCUGAGAAGUCCACUGAAAAGAAGGAAGCAAAUAAACCUCCCGAUAGUUGGUUUGACUUGAAGGUCAAUACACAUGUCUAUGUCACUGGUUUGCCUGAUGAUGUUACUGUUGAAGAAAUCGUGGAAGUGUUUUCAAAAUGCGGCAUCAUAAAAGAGGAUCCUGAAACAAAGAAGCCUCGAGUGAAGAUCUAUGUUGAUAAAGAAUCAGGUAGAAUCAAGGGAGAUGCACUUGUAUCAUAUUUGAAGGAACCUUCUGUCGCUUUGGCAAUUAAAAUUUUGGAUGGUGCGCCAUUCCGUCCUGGGGGUAAGAUCCCUAUGUCUGUUAGUCAAGCGAAGUUUGAGCAAAAAGGGGAUAAAUUUAUUGCCAAGCAGCAAGAUAAAAAGAAGAAGAAGAAAUUAAAGAGAGUUGAAGACAAGAUUCUUGGGUGGGGUGGCCAUGAUGAUGCAAAGGUGUCGAUUCCAACAACUAUUGUCCUUCGAAAUAUGUUUAAACCUGCUGAAUUGAGGGCUGAUGAGACUCUUCUUCCGGAGCUAGAGGAAGAAGUUCAAGAGGAAUGUAUGAAGAUGGGUCCAGUUGAAUCUGUUAAGGUGUGUGAAAAUCACCCUCAAGGUGUCAUUUUAGUGAAGUUCAAGGAUCGAAGAGAUGGUGCUAAGUGCAUUGAGCUCCUGAAUGGCAGAUGGUUCGGCGGCAACUUGGUACAUGCAAGUGAAGAUGAUGGUACUGUCAACCAUGCUCGUAUUCGUGAUUACGAUGCUGAUGCUGCGAGACUGGAGCAGUUCGGUGCAGAGCUGGAAGCAGAUUGAUGUGUGUUUCUUGUGCAGAACUUUUUCUACAGAGGACGUGAUAUUCUGGUUCUAAUUUGUGUUCACUCUGUUAUAGUGGGUCUCCUUGUGCAUGAGAACUGAGAAUGGAGAAUGUAAUUUAACUGUACAAAUUGCAAUCACUAAUUAUGUUGAUGUCUAGUACUUUAUGAAAAUUUUGCCUUAUCUUUCUUUUUGAA